AUGGCUGAGGCCAGUAUCUCAGUGGAUCGAGACCAGUUCAGCUGUUCACUCUGUCUGGAUCUACUGAAGAAUCCGGCGACUAUUCCCUGUGGACAUAGUUACUGUUUGGGCUGUAUUAAGGGCUGCUGGAAUCAGGAUGAUCAUACUGCUGUCUUCAGCUGUCCCCAGUGCAGAGAGACUUUCUCCCCAAGGCCUGUUUUAAGAAAAAACACCAUACUGGCUGAUGUGGUGGAGAAACUGAAGAAGACAGGACUCCAAGCUGUUCCUCCUGCUCACUGCUAUGCUGGACCUGGAGACGUGGCGUGUGAUUCCUGCAAUGGGAGAAAGCACAAAGCCGUUAAAUCCUGUCUGGUGUGUCUGGCCUCUUUCUGUGAAACUCACCUCCAGCCUCACUAUGAAUCUCCUGCCUUUAAGAAGCACAAACUGGUCAAAGCCACUGGAAACCUGCAGGAGAAGAUCUGCUCUCAUCAUGACAAACUGCUGGAAGUUUACUGUCGUACCGAUCAGCAGUGUAUCUGUCUGCUGUGUACGAUGGAUGAUCACAGAGGCCAUGAUACAGUCUCAGCUGCAGCAGAAUGGACAGAGAAACAGAAGCAGCUGGGGGUAACACAGAGUAAGUUCCAGCAGAGAAUCCAGGAGAGAGAGAAGCAGCUGCAGGAUCUGAGGCAGGCUGUGCAGUCAGUCAAGCGCUCUGCACAGGCUGCAGUAGACGACAAUGAGAGGAUCUUUACUGAGAUGAUCCGCUCCAUUGAGAGAAGGUGCUCUGAGGUGAAAGAGCUGAUCAGAGAUCAGGAGAAGGCUGAAGUGAGUCGGGCUGAAGGACUCCUGGAGCAACUGGAGCAGGAGAUUGCUGAGCUGAGGAGGACAGAUGCUGAGCUGGAGCAGCUUUCACACACAGAGGACCACAUCCAUUUCCUCCAGAGCUGUCAGUCUCUCUGUGUCCCUCCUGGACCUGGAGACUUACCCAGCAUCCCGGUCAGUCCACAAGUGUCUUUUGAGGCUGUGAGGAAAUCUGUCUCUGAACUGAAAGAGCGACUGGAGGACAUCUGCAAGGGGGAACUUGUCAAAAUUUCUCAAUCAGUGAAAAACAUCCCUACUGUAGAGCCCAGGACCAGAGAGGAUUUCUUACAGUAUUCCUGUCAGCUCACACUGGACCCCAAUACAGCAUAUAAAUACCUCCAUCUGUCUGAGGGGAACAGAGUGGUGACCCAUGUGAGAGAGAUCCAGUCAUAUCCCGAUCAUCCAGAGAGAUUUAAUUGUAGGCUUCAAGUCCUGUGCAGAGAGGGUCUGUCUGGAUGCUGUUACUGGGAGGCUGAGCGGAGUGGGCAUGGGGUUUGUAUAGCCGUGUCAUAUAAACACAUCAGCAGGAAAGGACUUGGUGAUGAGUGUUGUCUGGGAUAUAAUAACUUGUCCUGGAGUUUGUACCCCACUGGCUCCAAAUACUUUUUCAGGCACAAUAAAGUUAGCACUGAAAUCCCUGUUCCCUCCUUCUCCUCCAGAAUAGGAGUGUACCUGGAUCACAGGGCAGGAACUCUGUCCUUCUACAACGUCUCUGACACAAUGACCCUCCUUCACAGAGUCCAGACCACAUUCACUCAGCCCCUCUAUCCUGGGAUUUGGGUUAAUUUGGGAAGUUCUGUAAAACUGUGUGAUCUUUGA